AUGGCCAAGAACUAUGCUGCUGGUUUGGCUGCCACCAUAGCUGCUGCUACUGCUUCUACUUUCCGAGUUGAAACCGCCUUCUGCGACGCCAACGUCGGUGGCGGUUCCGGCGCCGGCGGCCUCCCCUUCAAGUUUUCUCCUUUUUCUCCUUCCACCAAUCCCAAUAAUUCAACUCCGACCGCCGCAGCCAAUGCUGGAUUCGCCAACAAUUCGCCGGCAAAUCAUCCCGCUAAUGCUACUCCGCCGGCGGAGCCCGCCAAAAAUAAGCCUCGAAAUGAUAACCCUAGAACCACUGCCGCUGGAUUUGAUCCGGAGCCGUUAGAGAGAGGUCUUGAGACUCUGGAAAUAAUUAAUCGUUCUAAAGAUCCUAGCAAGACAUUUAAAGUAGUACUGAAGCAAGAAGAGACCAAGCAGACCGAGUUGGCUGCCAAAACAGCAGAGUUUAAAGUGCGACAAGCUGAAGCAGAAACUGAGAGGCAAAGGGUUGUGUUCGAGGAACAGAGGAAACUUUCCCAGAAGCAAGCUGAGAAUAAGGCUCAGAUUGCCAAGUAUGAGGAUGAAUUGGCUCGCAAAAGGCAGCAGGCAGAAAAUGAACUGCAAAGGGCCAGAAAUCAAGAGCUAGUAAAACUGCAAGAGGAAUCAUCUAUGAGACAGGAAGCCGCGAGGCGAGCAUCAGAAGAACAGAUUCAAGCACAGCGUAGGCAAACAGAGCGGGAGAAGGCUGAGAUUGAAAGGGAGACUAUCAGGGUUAGGUCCAUGGCCGAAGCAGAAGGAAGAGCUCACGAAGCAAAGCUUGCGGAAGAGGUCAACAGACGCAUGUUGGUCGAGCGUGCAAAUGCAGAACGGGAAAAAUGGGUGGCUGCCAUCAACACAACUUUUGAACAUAUUGGAGGGGGUUUAAGGGCCAUUUUAACUGACCAAAACAAGCUGGUUGUAGCUGUCGGUGGUGUAACGGCCCUUGCUGCAGGAGUAUACACAACAAGAGAAGGAGCAAGAGUAAUCUGGAGUUACGUAGACAGAAUACUAGGGCAGCCAUCAUUAAUUAGAGAAUCUUCCAGGGGAAAAUACCCUUGGUCAGGCUUGCUUUCACGUUCUAUGACCUCUCUUUCUCGACGGGGAGUUGAUAAAAACUCUGGCAAUCAAAAUGGAAACGGCUUUGGUGAUGUUAUUCUGAACCCUUCUCUUCAAAAACGAAUUCACCAGUUGGCAAGUGCAACUGCAAACACCAAAUCUCAUCAGGCACCAUUUCGGAAUAUGCUAUUUUAUGGUCCUCCAGGAACGGGGAAGACAAUGGCUGCUAGAGAGCUUGCUCGCAAAUCUGGCCUCGACUACGCAUUGAUGACAGGAGGAGAUGUUGCACCACUGGGUGCACAGGCAGUUACAAAAAUACAUCAGCUGUUUGAUUGGUCGAAGAAGUCCAAGAGGGGUUUGCUGCUUUUUAUCGAUGAAGCAGAUGCUUUUCUGUGCGAGAGGAACAAGACAUAUAUGAGUGAAGCCCAGCGGAGUGCUCUUAAUGCGCUACUGUUUCGCACUGGUGACCAGUCCAAAGACAUAGUUCUUGCACUGGCAACUAACCGUCCAGGCGACCUUGAUUCUGCUGUGGCUGACCGCAUUGAUGAGGUUCUAGAAUUUCCUCUUCCCGGCGAAGGUGAACGUUUCAAGAUGCUCAAAUUAUAUUUGGAUAAGUAUAUAGCUCGUGCUGGGGAGAGAAAACGGGGCCUGUUCUCGCAUCUCUUCCACAAGCAACAACAGACGAUAGAGAUCAAGGGAUUGGGAGAUGACAUAUUAAGGGAAGCUGCUAUGAAGACGGAAGGGUUCUCAGGAAGAGAGAUCGCAAAGUUGAUGGCAAGCGUACAAGCUGCCGUAUAUGGCAGCGAGGACUGCGUGUUGGAUCCUAAUCUUUUUAGAGAGGUUGUGGAUUAUAAGGUUGCUGAGCAUCAGCAAAGAAGGAAGCUGGCUUCUGAUGAUGUUGAUGUUGAUGUUGAUGGUCAACAUGCCUCUGCUUAG